AUCAAAACAGCGCAGACCACUUGAAAGGGAGGGUUGACAUGUAACACCAAAAAAAAUUUACACCUCUUUAUUUAGUUCCUAUUUUUUUCUUUUAUUUUUAUUUUUUUUCUUUUUCUUCUUAUUAUUAUUAAAGACCGUUUUUUUUCAUUUGUAAAAGAUGUCAAAAGCCUUUAAACCGACCACUUGGGCGGCUAUUAAUAACGCGUCUCUUCCUGCUGAAGGAGCCGGUAAUCAAACCUUUGAUAACCGUAUCUUAGCAGCUGCUGUGAUUGGUGUUCCCGCCUUCCUCACGUACACCUUAGGCUUUGGCUUAUGGUUUUUCCCCAUCCUUGCCAUUCUUUUGGGUCUCCCUAUCUUGGCCUGUACCAUCUAUUUAUUCUCUCGCUUUGCUCCUCGUUACAGAAACACGGUCCCUCUCCCCGGUAAGCCCAUCGAACACUACUUGACCUUCCACGAUGCCGAACUCAAGGCUGCCUACCACGGUCGUAACAAGAUCCCCAUGGAAACCUUCUUCGAAGCUUAUUUUGUCGGUAAGGUUGAUUUCAACGGUGACCCCUUAGAAAUCAUGGAACUCCGUCAUGACUGGGCCAACUUCCAAUUGACUUUCGGUCAGUUCAAGUUCUUCUUAACACAAUGGCUUCCCGAGACUUUCUGGCACUCCCGUGAACAAGAUGAAAACCAGGUCCGUGAUCAUUAUGACCGCGGUAACGAUUUCUAUGAGGCUUUUUUGGGUCCCCUCAUGGUCUACACCUCUGGUAUCAUCUCUGAUCCUACCAAGCGUGAAACUUUGGAAGAAAUGCAAGAAAACAAAAUGAAACUCGUAUGUGAAAAGCUUCACAUGAAGGAAGGUGAUAGACAUUUGGAUAUCGGUUGUGGUUGGGGUACCUUGGUUGCUUAUGCUUCCAAGAACUACGGAAGUCAAUCUACUGGUGUCACACUUGCUCGUAACCAGGUUGCCUUUGGUGAUAAGCGUAUCGAAGACUGGGGUGUCAAGGGUAAGGCUAACCUUCUCUGUAUGGAUUACCGUGAUAUUCCCAAGACUGAAAAAUAUGAUAAGAUUACUGCUGUUGAGAUGGCUGAACAUGUUGGUAUUCGUCGUUUCCAAACUUUCCUUCGUGAAAUUCGUGAACUUUUGGAAGAUGAUGGUAUUUUCUAUAUGCAAGUUGCUGGUUUAAGAGCUACAUGGCAAUACGAAGAUUUCAUCUGGGGUCUUUUCAUGGCUAGAUAUAUUUUCCCUGGUGCCGAUGCCUCUACACCCUUGUACUGGUAUCUUCGUCAACUUGAGACUGCCGGUUUCGAAAUUCAUAAUGUCGAUACUGUCGGUGUUCAUUAUUCCGCUACUUUGGACAGAUGGUAUGAAAACUGGAUGAAGAACAAGGAUGCCAUGAAGGAGAAAUACGGUGAGAAAUUGGUCCGUAUUUGGGAAAUCUUCCUUUCUUGGUCCGUCAUUGCUUCUCGUCAAGGAAGUGCUACUUGUUUCCAAAUUACUGCCAACAAGAACCGUAACUCCUAUGAUCGUGCUCAAUUAAUCUGUAACCGUACUAACCCUUCCGCUUGGAAGUCCAAGGUCGGUAACUAAAAAACUUGUAUAAACAAACCACCACCAUUACCAAAAAAAAAAAAAGCUUUUUUUUCCUCCCUUACACACAAACAUUAUGUACAAAGUGUACCCUCUUUUAAAAUAAAAACAUAUUCUCAAAAUGU